UGAUUUUUUGGUUGGCUCCGUUCAUUUUCCCAUCGACCAUCUUCUUCAACCCCAGAGUUCUCACCUAUUGAAGGCGGCGCUUUAUUCACUGCUCAAUGGCCGGUACAUCGAUCUUUUAUUUGUGCUCGCCAUAACAAGAUUAGAGUGAUGGUCAGUGGUGGCUGGUUAAGUACUGCUAAUUAGAGUUGCCUGCAACUAGUGUACUGUGGAUUCAGUUAGGGGAAACCAAUUUGGUGACAUUAUAGAACAAAAUGGUAGUCACCAGCUCCACAAAAUUUUCAGAGGACUACGAUCGAGCAAGUGAAUUAAAGGCCUUCGAUGAGUCUAAAGAGGGCGUUAAAGGUUUAGUUGAUGCUGGGGUCUCCAAGGUUCCCCGGAUGUUCAUUCGACCACCAGAUAACUCGAGAAACUGUAACACCCAAUUCAAAUUUCCGGUCAUAGACCUCAAUGGCAUGGACAGCGAUCCAAUUCGGCGAAAGAAGAUAGUUGAGAUGGUCCGGGAAGCAUCGGAGACGUGGGGUUUCUUCACCGUGGUGAACCAUGGGAUCCCUGUUAGUGUGUUGGAGGAGAUGAUGGAUGGGGUGCACCGGUUUUAUGAACAAGAUAAUGAAGUGAAGAAGGAGUUUUACACGCGUGAUCUGACUAGAAAGGUGAUAUAUAAUAGCAAUUUUGAUCUCGACGUAUCAAAAGCAGCUAAUUGGAGGGACACCUUUUAUUGCCUUAUGGCUCCCCAUCCUCUUAAUCCACAAGAGUUGCCAGCGACAUUCAGAGAUAUAUUGAUGGAGUACAAGGAGCAAGUCAUGAGAUUAGGACUUAAACUGUUGGAAUUAAUGUCUGAGGCUAUUGGGCUCAAUCCAAACCACCUAAAAGACAUGGAUUGUGCAGAAGGGCUUGCCAUUUUGUGUCACUAUUAUUCAGCAUGUCCACAGCCAGAGCUAACCGUGGGCACCACAAAUCAUUCUGACAAUGACUUCCUUACUAUACUACUACAAGACCAGAUUGGAGGCCUCCAGGUUCUUCAUCAGGAUCAGUGGGUCGAUGUUCCCCCGAAGCCUGGAGCCCUUGUAAUUAAUGUUGGUGAUCUUCUACAGCUUAUCACCAACGACAGGUUUAAGAGUGUAGAACACAGAGUACUGGCAAACCGACGAGGUCCAAGAGUCUCAGUGGCAUGCUUUUUCAGCACAUCUCAUCUGCCAUCCUCAAAAUUAUAUGGACCUAUCAAGGAAUUGUUAUCCAAAGAGAAUCCACCAAAAUAUAGGGAAACCACAGUGAGAGACUAUGUUCUCUAUUACUACUCAAAAGGGCUUGAUGGGACUUCUGCUCUACCGCAUUUCAAGCUCUAAAUUGGUUACCAUAUUUCUGAGUGUUGUGAUUGUUGUCUCAAGCACUUACUAGAUAGAAUCCUUGCUUAGUAACAUAUGUAGAAAUUUGGCGUUGAGGAUAAUAUUUGUGGGCAUAUUGAAACUUGAAACCUCUGAUCAUAUGAAAUAUUUGAAAAUUUUCAAUUUAAAACAAAAUAGCCAUUACUGUAUUCAAUU